AUGCGGUUGCCGUCGCGGCGAGAGAUGCGGCUGCCGUCGCGGCAAGGGAUGCGGCCAGCGCCGCUGCAAGGGAUGCGGCCGGCGCCACUGCAAGGGAUGCGGUCGCCGCCGCUGCAAGGGAUGCUGCCGCCGUCGCUGCGAGAGGAAGCAGCAUUGCUUUUACUCGAGUCAGAGGGACCAAACAGCAGAGGAAUCAAGACUCUAAGAAAGACCAUGCUGGAGAGCCUGGAGAAAAGGUUCUCUAAGGUGAAAGAGGCAAAAGAGGUGGUGCUCGCAUGUCUGCUCGAUCCACGCUACAAGGAGCAGCCCUUGUCACCAGAGACACUAGGUCAAGCCAAAGCCUGGGUAAUGGAAGAAGCACAGAGGAAUCCACCAGAAACACAAGGAGACACUGCCUGUGAAGAAGAGGGAGAUCCAAAACGACAGAGAGUGGAGGAGGGACGGGCCCACAGUGUUCUAGACAGUCUGUAUGACAGCAUGCUCUCUUCAACCACUCAGGACGAGGAACCAGAGGAGAUCAUUGAAGAGCUGGAACGGUAUAUGAGGGAGCCUGUCAUAGACCGGAAAAGGGGGAACCCACUGGAGUGGUGGAAGAGCAACGGUUUCCGCUUCAAGGGACUGUCGGGCCUGGCCAGGAGAUACCUUUGCUGUCCACCUUCCUCUGUGCCUAGUGAGAGGGUGUUCAGUACCAUUGGCAACAUUUAUGAGGAGAAGCGCAGCUCCCUCAAGGGAGAGAAUGCUGAAAAGCUGUGCUUCCUGCACUACAACGUGCCUCUGCUGAAGUGGCAAUAUUAAGGAUUCUAUGACUGGCAGGGGCUUGUAAAUAGAAUUCUAUUUGGAAAAUAUCCAUAUGCUGCUUGCCCCACACAACACAUGUUACCUCGUUAAUAUAGUUAUUUUAUACUAUUAUUGAUUUGUUUUCCAAGAUGUUGUGUAAAGUUACAAAAAAGUUCUUCUUGCUGCACUUUAUGUCAAAAGAUUGUUGUGCAAAAUGUUAAUAUGCUGCUUGCCCAACACGUUACCUCGUUCCUAUAGUUAUUUUAUAUUAUCAUUGAUUUGUUUUCAAAGAUGUUGUGUAUAGUUACAAAAAAGUUCUUCCUGCACUUUAUGUCAAAAGAUUGUUGUGCAAAAUGUUAAUAUGCUGCUUGCCCCACACAACAUGUUACCUCGUUCCUACACAGUUAUUUUAUAUUAUUAUUGAUUUGUUUUCAAAGAUGUUGCGUAUAGUUACAAAAUAGUUCUUCUUCCUGUACUGUCCUGUACUCCUUUGUUAGAACUAUGUUACCAAUAAAAAUAAGUUCCUGCACUCAUUUUUUUAAGAUCUUUUUAUUUUAUUUUAUUGACAAUAAGAUAAGGCUGUAUUUGCACUCAUUUUUGACUGUAAAUGUAUUCUAAAACACUCAAAGGUUCUGCAUUCAAUUCACAUAUUCAUCAAAAGUGUUUAAAGUAUAUUUAAGGUAUC